AGGGGUAACGCUGCAUCGCCUGCUUGACACCCUCAAACGAAGGGAGCAAUGCUCAAGUUCCACGCUACCGCAGCCAGCUCUACACGGAUUCGAUGAAAGGCUGCCUCGGCAUCAGCAGCAUAGUCGUCAACCAUGGAAAAAGGAGGCCAUGGACGACAUAUGAAGACGCUCGAGAGUCGCUCAAGCCGGCCUUCGUGGUCGAGCGCCGCUGCCAUUCUUCAUCACAAUGUCUGCUGGCGAUAUAUGUUACAGCUUAGUUGACUCGGCAGAAUCGAUGUCCAGUCUACUCACGUCGAUACAAAAUCUUCCGAUCGGUCUGCCGUCGCUCUUUUUAGACCUGGAAGGCGUGAGUCUCUCUCGCAAUGGCUCCAUUUCACUUAUUACCAUCUUUUUUCUGUUCCGAAGUCACGUCUACCUCGUCGACAUCCACACCAUGCAGUCUACAGCAUUCUCGACUGCGGUCGGAGGAACAACCUUCAAACAGAUUCUUGAGUCUCCCGACAUCAUCAAAGUUUCUUUUUUUGAUGUGCGCAAUGAUUCUGACGCCCUGUUUCAUCACUUCCAAGUGAAUCUCAGCGGCAUCGAAGACGUGCAGCUGAUGGAGAACGCAGCUCGCCCGCGCGGGCAACGGCGAUAUCUGAAUGGAUUGGAUAAGUGUAUCGGAUUGUACGCACCUCUGUCGUCUGAGGAGAAGGCUCGCUGGAAAGUCGGCAAAGAAGCCGGGCUCAAACUGUUCCAUCCUAGCAGAGGAGGAUCAUACGAAGUCUUCAACUCGCGACCGAUGUCUGCACCCAUCAAAAUUUACUGCAUCGACGACGUGAAGUAUCUGCCCCACUUGAGGGAGGCAUUGUGGCGGCGGCUUGACGGAGUGUGGCGGCAGAAAGUGGUGGAGGAGACGAAGACACGUAUCUUGGAAUCGCAGAGCCCAUCCUACGAGCUGCAAUCGGAGACUAAAAAGUUUGGACCAUGGGGCAAAGGUUGAGUCUAUCAGAAACUAAUGUAUGUAUGUAUGUACUUCUUUCGACGAUUGCUGUCGGAGUUUCAACCACGUCGUUGUUCUCGAACGAGCUAUGGAACGGGCCGCGGUGGCUACCUGUCAUUAGCGCCCGUAACCCCUGUUGUGUGGGACGGGACUACUCUUUUCUAACAGGGCUGCGCUCUGCGCCCCGCUGCCGCGCGAUGGGCGUGA